CCCGCCCCUCUCGCGCCUGCGCCGCGCGCGUCCCGCCGGCGGCCCGCACCGCGCCGGGCGCAGCAUGUUCCGCAUCGAGGGGCUGGGGCCCAAGAUGGACCCGGAGGAGCUGAAGCGGAAGAUGCGCCGCGACGUCCUCACCUCCGUCCGCAACUUCCUCAUCUACGUUGCGCUGCUGCGGAUCACUCCUUUCAUCCUGAAGAAGCUGGACAGCAUAUGACCACUUCAGACACAAUAUAUGAAAACAUGAAAUGGACCGGAGCUGCUUUCCCCUGUUUUUUUUUUUUAAUUAAACAUUGUGCCAGAGGCAGACAUCCAGUACUAAAUGGUUCUAAAAUGUUUCGCUUAAGCCUAUCUGACCUGAGAGUGACAGCUUAGGUUGGAGGAUGGGGAAGAUGUCUGUUGCCCCUGCAGGGCAAUUCUGGUCACAGAAUACUCCCUAGUAGCAUCAAGCUAUGACUUGUGAUGGAACAUUUCUUGUACUGUUUAAAAAAAAAAAAACCAAACCAAAACGCUGCCCAUCGCCAUUUUGUUUGAAGUGUUAAGCGCUGGCAAGUUGCUCUGUUAUGCAGCUACCUCUAAACUGCCACAUGCUAUGGCCAUCAACCUUACCGAACUUUUCUGUAUGAAAAAGGAAGUCUUCAAUGAGUUCAGUUCACAAGCAGUUUUAUUUUAAAUAAAUGGAGGAGCAGUUGUGUUACUUAA